UACAAAUGACAGGUGAGCGGUGCAAAUGCAAAUGCACUCCAUAGGGGCAAAGAACAAUAAUAUGGUUGAACGAUAUUUAGAGCCACAAUGGCUAAGUUGGUGUCGUCUGUGCGCCAGCGAUGAGGGCGAGAUCAAGCUAAAUGAUGACUCGAUCCAUGGAGAGUUUGUGCGUACCAUUAGCAAAUGUUUUGAUGUGGAGAUGACCCUGGAGGAGCCCGAGCUUGGUAGUAUGCUGUGCCAUGAUUGCUACACAUCAAUAAGCCAGUUAAUCAGUUUCGGUGAGAAUAUCAACAAGGUUCAAGCAAUAUUCGAGCUAUUGCGUCACACGGAAUCCAACGAGCAGCUGGAUGUGACAGAAUUGCGACGGCAAUACGGUUUGGCGGUGACACGAAUCAAGGCUGAGCCGCCCGAUGAAUAUAGUGUCGACGAUAGUGAAAUAGAGGAUAACUUUAACACCGUCGUGGAUGAAGACCUUGAGGAGGAGGAGGAGAUUAGAUCAGCUGAUUAUAAAGAGGAAGAACCGAAAGAGACACCGCCAAAAAGAAAACGUGGUCGUCCCAAGACUGUCGAAGUUCUGACAAGAAUGCCAAAAAAUGUAAAUAAAAUCAAUGAAAUAGACUUUUCUAUUUCUAAAAGAGUUAAAAAAAAGACUGCAUCGAGCAUUGAUAAAAAUGACAUUGCCCAUAGAACCUGCCAAAUUUGCCAAGUGACUCUGGGUACAGUUUCGGCAUUAUGGAGCCACAGAUAUCGCAUUCAUGGCAAUCAAAACAGAUGCUACAUUUGUGACUGCUGUGGCAAACAGCUGAAAACAUUUACAGCUCUCAACGAACAUAAGUUGGUUCACACCGAAGACCGACCAUGUGUUUGCCCCAUAUGCAAUGCUGCCUUCAAGAACAAGGCUCGUCUACGGGUACACAGCCAGACGCAUGGAGAGCCAAGCUAUCAAUGUAAUAUCUGCGGUAAGAAAUUGCAAACACGUGCCAUUCUAAAUAAGCACAAAUACGUCCAUUCUGAAGAACGUCGCUUCAAAUGUGAAGUAUGUGGGACCGGUUGUAAGAAUUCCACUGCGCUGAAAGUCCAUUUACUUAGCCACGCCGGCUUACGGCCUUACGUGUGUAAGUAUUGUGGCAAGGCCUUUGCCAGCAAUACCAAUUGUCGGUCGCACAAACUGAAACAACAUGCUGAGGAAGUGGAGCAGGAUAAUGAUGCGGAAUCCUCACGUAUAGCAGUUCCUACAUUAGAAGAAUUACGUGCAAUAACUCGUGAAAUGCCUAAAACGAAAAUGGAAUCCAAAUGGACUAAAUCAGAUGACGAAGCGUUCAUUGCAACUGCUUAGAUACGCGUAUAUUAAUUGAAUAAAUAAUUGUAAAAUAGAUAAUGUAUUUGAAAACUUAAAGUGAAAUUUAUAAAUAUGAUUUUAAUGAAAUACAACUGAAUACCUGAAAAUGA